AUGGCUAGGAAAUUCUACGAAGACGACGAGCUCGUUAUAAAUAAACCAGGCACAGCCGAACCCAUCACCGCUAAACUCCAACAACAAGAAUCAACCCAUGGCGACAAUGCAUCAAUAGUCAACGGCAUGGUUAUCCGCACCACCCCUGUUCUUGAAAAAUACAGCAACCAGAUUCGCGAAUACCUCAUUACUAAAUUCAACAUUUUUGAAGCUGAGCUUGAAACACAGAAACUGGCUAGUGCUAAUGAAUGGCGACAUGUGAAACUGGCAUUCAAUUCAAUUGUCAAAGAACCAGUGUUGCCUAAUGGGAUAUAUAUCUUGACGGCUGGAUUGACGGGCAGUAUAUUGGCACGUAAUCGCAACAUUGGAUUACGGUUCGUGACACCUUUGUUGUUUGGUGGUGUCGCUACGAGAUAUUUUAUGCCAGUGACGUUCAACAAUUUGCUGCAAAAGUAUAAUGAGUUGGAGGCUGAUAAUGUACCUGAUUUACAUAUCCAACAUCAGGAAUUGAUUAAGAAUUUGAGAGAAUGGAGGCACGAUGCUGAAGUGCUGAGGGUCAAGUUAAAUGAUUGUGUGAUUGAACAAGUUCAUGAUUUGAGAACGAAAUGGAAAGAUGUGUGGAAUUAA